GGUUAAGGUUAGGGUUAGGAUUAGGUUUAGGUUUAAAAUAAUAUUUUAAAGAAAACAAAUUGUAGAAAUAGGCUAGGUUUAUGACUUGGUGGCUAUGGUAACUAGUGACGACUCUUCUGCAUAGACAAACCAGGUACGCCCACCAACUCAAUAAAAACACAGAGGCGAUAUAAAAGCAAAAUAAAAGAAGCGCAUUGACCACCGACUUUUGUCAAGCUAGGAGAAGUGAAGGAUCUGCUCAAUUAUUCAACAAAGGUAAGAAACUCUCAUAGCUACUCUAGACUAGUUAGUAGCCUAUUCUCAUGUGCAAUAGUGGUAACAAAGUAGUCCUAAUACAUGUAGAUUACCUUAAAACUCUGGUAGUGGAUAAGAAAACUUAUACUUGCAAAAAAUUGCAACGUUUGUAUGGCUGUUGGUUGUUUGUGGAUGUGAAACAGAUUGUUCACAUAUUUGUCUUUCAACUUAAAAAACAACAACAUUUACACAUCAACUUGGUUCAAUGCAUUAGGCCUACAUUUACGUUCCUUUACUUUUGUAACCUGCUCUCAAGACAUUUCAAAAGUUGCUAAGAAAAAGCCUACAACAGAACUUAUCAUCCAAAUGAAAGUUCGUCAUCCCUCCUGGUCAAAGCAAUAACAGGAAACAUAAUAUACAGGGCCCGAUUUCCCAAAAGCAUCUUAAGGCUAAGUUAAGAUGCUUUUGGGAAACCGGGCUCAGAUCAGUGAGAACUGAAUAAUGUACUGUUAAAGUAUAGGAACUAGGCCUUACGAGAAUGCUUUGUGUGCUAUUUCCUAAUUCUAUAAGGGAAACACCCAUAUCACCUGGCACUGAACUCAAUGCAAAACGGAUGCACUUUGCCCCCCAUAAAGAAACGAUACUAUGUACAUAUCUCCUACACCACUGAUUGUAAGUGCUGUAUCAAUAGGGUGUCUCCAUCCCUCCCUCUAAACAGCAGAGAUUAACGUCAUGCUCUUUGACUCUUUCUGGAACAUUUUAAUUUCCACUGUGGUGUUCAAUGUACGACAGGGCAGGCUAAGUGUAAACCUUUCUGCAGUUUGGAAGUUGAAUGGCAGGCAUAGAUUUUUAAAAGGGAGAUAUAUUUUGUAGACACACGCACACUUACAUCUGCAUUUCUGCCUCGAGCACAGCAUUAUCAAUGCAAAACAUGUAGAUGUGGAGACAACAAACUUUGCACACAUACCAGAUGAGAGUUUAAGAGCAUAAGCGAGCAAACUGAUCAUUGCAAUUUGUCACACCUUUCUAGAAACAGAUUUUAAAAGCCACUUCAACAGAAAGCACUACCUCUUACGCUCAAGAAUGCACAAACAAAUCUUACCCUCCUUAACUUAACCACAUCCCCCUAAGCUAGGACAUAUUUAUUUUACCUUUAUUUUACCAGGUUAGUCUCAUUGGGAUUAAAAAUCCCUUUAACAAGAAAGACCUGGCCAAAAUAGCAGCACACAGUUUUACACAAUCGGGUGAAAGUAGAUUUAAUUUGGCCAUUGACAUUAGGCCAGAAUUUAUGCGUCCACUGCUGUCCCCCCCUUUCCUGAACCAACACUUGCGCUUGACAUUUUGUUGUGUACCAUAUGUGCUAUUGGUGUCAUGGAUGGGAUUGUUGCUGUGAGAUGGUGUGGGUGACAAUGGUUACUGUACUGUACCUUCACAUCUAGUACAGGACACAGCGCACACCUUAUAAAUCCGUGAGCUCAAUAUACAAGCUAUAGUAAGUGAGGUAUGUGUACUGUCCCUCUUGCUUAAUAGUUCUUGAGUGGGUGGAGGCACUGGAAUGUACAGUGAAAUAGCAAUAGAAUUGGGUGUGCUAGUUUGCGAAAGGUGUCUGUAUGACUGAUUUGUCAUGUGUUUGGCUCAGAUUUGUGUGAAUGACAGAUGUGUGUGUGUGUGUGUGUACAUGGUGGGAGUGUCCAUAGUUGUGUCUUUGGAUAGAGAGGCAUGUUGUAAUUACUUUUGUUCUCUCAAGCCCACCUGUAUACCUAUUACCUGGUCCAACCAGUUUGCGUCAGUCGUUCUGUAGUGUCAUUGUCAGGUGUAUUUACUCUCACCAUUCAGGAGCUCUCCCACAAAUGACUGAGGAUGUCUGUUAAAGGACACUGUCGAAUGGGAAUCUUUUCUCUUGAGUUAUAGUGUACACUCUAGGAUAGUAUAAAGAAUAGUUCCCUUAACGCAGACAGUGGUGGACAAAGUACCCAAUUGUCAUACUUGAGUAAAAAUAAUGAUACCUUCAUAAAAAAUUACUAAUGUAAAAGUGAAAGUCAACCAGUAAAAUACUACUUGAGUAAAAGUCUAAAAGUAUUUGGUUUUAAAUAUACUUAAGUAUCAAAAGUAAAUGUAAUUGCUCAAAUAUACUUAAGUGUAAAAGUAUAAAUUAUUUCAAAUUCCGUAUCUUAAGCAAACCAGACGGCACCAUUUAAUUUAAUUUUUUGGAUAGCUAGGGGCACACUCAGACAUCAUUUACAAACAAAGCAUGUGUGUUUAGUGAGUCCGCCAGAUCAGAGGCUGUAGGGAUGACCAGGGAUGUUCUCUUCAUAAGUGCGUGAAUUGGACAAUUUUCCUGUCAUGCUAAGCAUUCAAAAUGUACUUUUGGGUGUCAGGGAAAAUGUAUGGUGUAAAAAGUACAUUAUUUUCAAUAGGAAUGUAGUGAAGUAAAAGUAAAGAUACCCCCCCAAAAAUGACUUAAGUAGUACUUUAAAGUAUUCUUACUUAAGUACUUUACACCACUGAGCAGAGAUGACAGUAAACCUAGUCCUGGACUGAAAGGCACUUCUCUAUUGGACAUCUUUUUAGUCCAGGAGUAGGCUUGAAGCCAAAAGGAUUAUUGGCUCAUUUUCUUACACCAGUGUUUCAAAAUACAAAAUGGCAGAGAGAGAAGCUGCUUGAGAGGAGAGCUAGAUAAUGGAGUCCUAAUGGGGGAUCAGCUUUCACCUGGACAGCUCCUUCAGAUCAGAACCACCGAAAGAAAAGAGGCAACAAUGGGAGAAACAUUUUACAUUUUGGACAUAUUUAACAGACUCAUCCAAAGGGACUUGCAGUCAGUGCAUUCCACUUAUGGUAAGAUGGCUACAGUCAGGGGAGGAGGAUGAGCUUGAGAUCCACCCAAUGAGUCAGGAGGUCAGUGUGCAGUCAGUGGGCAUGUUCGACAUUGCAGCCGACUUUAAAGGUGGGUCGAGACGGACUGAUCUACAAAUCACCUUGCAUCAUAAAUAACUGCUCAAUAUUAUUUGUAGGUCAGUCCGUCACAAUUGAUUUAUGAUACAUCACGGUUUUGUUGCUCUCGAACAUGGCCAGUGUCACCUUUAGGCAGUAGGGCAGGCUACUUCAGGGGCCUGUUCUGAAGGACAUAACAUUACAGAACUUUUCAGAUAACCCAGACUCAAAUUGAUCUGGUGUUUACUAACCGACCUGAUCAAAUAACUAAGUCCAUCAACUUACUAACUGGCAUAUCUGACCACAAUAUUGCAUUGGUGGUUAGAAAGCUCACUAAAAAGAGAUUUAAGAACCAUAUUAAUGUGCAACAGUAUGAUUAAAAAAAAGACCGAAAAGUGAGCAGUGUAACUACGAUACAGCUAUAAGUCAAAUUGACUGGUCUGAUCUGUUAAGCAAUGAAGAUCUAGAGUCUGGAUACAGAACGUUUCUGUCAGCUAUUGAUAAAGUGGAUACCUCUUUUACCAGGACAUUUCAACGUAAGCCAAGACGAAACACCUCUCUGCCAUGAUAUUAUAACCACGAUCGAUAAAAGACAGUACUGUGCAGCCAUCUUCAUCGACCUGGCCAAGGCUUUCGACUCUGUCAAUCACCGCAUUCUUAUUGGCAGACUAAAUAGCCUUGUUUCUCAAAUGACUGCCUCGCCUGGUUCACCAACUACUUCUCAGAUAGAGUUCAAUGUGUCAAAUCGGAGGGCCUGUUGUCUGGACCUCUGGCAGUCUCUAUGGGGGUGCCACAGGGUUCAAUUCUCGGGCCGACUCUAUUCUCUGUGUAUAUCAAUGAUGUCGCUCUUGCUGCUGGUGACUCUGAUCCACAGACGACACCAUUUUGUAUACAUCUGGCCCUUCAUUGGACACUGUGUUAACAAACCUCCAAACGAGCUUCAAUGCCAUACAACACUCCUUCCGUAGCCUCCAACUGCUCUUAAACGCUAGUAAAACUAAAUGCAUGCUCUUCAAUCGAACGCUGCUUGCACCCGCACGCCCGACUAGAAUCACUACUCUCGGCGGGUCUGACUUAGAAUAUGUCGACAACUACAAAUACCUAGGUGUCUGGUUAGACCAGGGGUGUCAAACGUCCGGCCCGCGGGACGGAUCAGGCCCGCAAACGGGUUUAAUCCGGCCCGCGAGAUGAUUUUGUAAAGUAUAAAAAUGUGCUGCAAUUUUUCAAUAAAAUAAACUGCUGUUCCAAUUGCAUCCACUGGAUGGCGCAAUAGCAAUUGUGUUAAGCAAGCAAACUGUUUAUACCGGGGCAGAGCAAGUAGGUCAAGCACGUGCAGCCAGUCCGGAUGAGCUACUUUGUUUUGCCCGCGAUAUUUAUUACGGCUUCUACUUUUAACAUUAUGUGCUUUGGCACCCUCAUUGCCCCAAUAUGUCUGUCAAAAAAGAGAAAAGUGGACGCAGAGUGCAGAGUGUUCCAAGAAAAAUGGUCAUCCUCCUAUUUAUUCACGGAAUUGAAUGGGAAAGCUGUAUGUUUGGUGUGUUCACAGCAUGUUGCAGUGCUGAAAGAAUAUAACCUUCGUCGCCACUAUGUGAGUCUUCAUGCCGACAUAUAUGACAACUUUCAAGGACAGCGGAGAAGAGAGAAGGUGAAUGAACUGUUGGCUGGUCUGAAGAAACAGCAGUCUGUGUUUACUCACAGCCGAGACAUCAGUGACGCUGCAGUGAAAGCUAGCUACCUCAUUGCUAAUGAAAUCGCAGUGGCUUCAAAACCAUUUAGUGAGGGUGAAUUUGUAAAAACAUGCAUGAUGAAGGCAGCGGAGAUUGUGUGCCCUGAAAAGCGUCAGGCUUUUGUAAAUAUCAGCCUGACAAGAAACACAGUUGCAGACAGGAUUUCUGAUCUUUCAGUGGAUUUGGACAGCCAGUUGAAGCAAAAAGUAAAGUCAUUUAUUGCGUUUUCGGUUGCAAUUGAUGAAAGCACGGACAUUACAGAUGUUGCACAACUGGCCAUUUUCAUCCGCGGAGUUGAUGACACAUUGACCGUCACCGAGGAGUUCGUGGAGUUGGUGCCGAUGACAGAUACAACGACAGCAGCUGAUAUUUUUACCGCAUUCGUCGGCGCGCUGGACAGGGUCGGAGUGGACUGGUCCCGCGCUGUCAGCCUGGCUACAGAUGGUGCGCCCUCAAUGAUCGGGAAAAAAGCAGGCGUUGUGACAAAGUUCAGAGAGAAAGUGCAAUCUGCAAAUGGAGGACGUGAUUUUUUGACUUUUCACUGUAUUUUGCACCAGGAGGCUUUGUGUUGCAAGUCAUUAAAGAUGGAUAACGUCAUGAAGGUGGUCAUCCAAACUGUUAAUUUCAUCCGAUCCAAAAGCCUGAAUCACCAUCAGUUUGACAGCCUUCUCAGAGAGAAAGACCACAUCUAUGGCCUGCCAUACCACACUGAGGUAAGAUGGUUAAGCCGAGGUGCUGUGCUGAGGCGUUUCUUUGAUUUACGAGAAGAAAUUGAACAGUUCAUGGAAGAAAAGGGCAAACCAGUGUUAGAAUUUUAUUCCGCAGAAUGGAUGCAGGACCUUGCAUUUAUGGUGGAUGUUACAGAGCACCUGAAUAACUUGAACAAACAGCUGCAAGGGCGCAACAAAGUUGUCACGCAGUAUUAUGACAGCAUACGUUCUUUCAAGUUGAAGCUGUCAUUGUGGGAGACGCAACUCGCCGGUGGUGAUGCAGCUCACUUCCCCUGUCUGAAAAAUGUGUGCGCGACCCAACAUGUGGCAGACAUGAAGCGGUUCAAAGAUAAAAUAACGGGACUGUUACGGGAGUUUGAGCAACGCUUUCAGAUUUUUGGUGAACUGGAGAAAGACUUCAACGUUUUUUGCUCGCCAUUCACCGUGAAUCCCUCUGAUCUGCCCGUCAGCAUCCAACUUGAAAUAAUAGACUUGCAGUGUGACUCGGAUUUGAAGGGCGAAUUUGCCGCAGCUGGCUUGGACAUAUUUUAUCAGAAUCUCUUGCCAGGUUACCCCAACUUGACAGCCCUCGCUGCAAAACUGUUGUGCAUGUUUGGAACCACAUAUCUUUGUGAGCAAGUUUUCUCUGUAAUGAGCAUGAAUAAAACAAAGCUGCGCUCAAGGCUCACGUACAAGCACUUGAAUCACAUCCUGAAGUUGGCUGCCACUCAGGAUGUGAUGCCUGAUAUUGAUGCGCUGGUGAAAGCUAAAAGAUGCCAGGUAUCAGGAGUCAAAUAAACUAUGCAACCCCACUUAAAGUGCUGCAUGAGACACCCUGAUAUAGUUCUGUGAUCUGUGAUAUACUUCUGUGAAUCACUGAGGCAUUGUGUGUUUGUGUGUUCUUUGUCCUCAGAACUUUCAAAUAACUUGAGGUGUUUUAUGAUUAAUAGUGAUGUUGUGCUUUUGGACACACUGUCCUCAGGCUCCAGCUUUAUGUUUAUAUGUUUUUAUGUUGAUGUGCUAUUGUUUUUAAUUGUUUUUAUUUUAUUUGUAUAUUUAACCUAUUCUUGACUCUGUGGUUCUUGCACUUGUUUGGGGAACAGGAUUUCAUUAUUUGUAUCUACAUUUCUGCCUGAGAAAUGACACCCUGAUAUAGUUCUGUGAUCUGUGAAACAGUUCUGUUAAUCACUGAGGCAUUGUGUGUUUGUGUGUUCUUUUUCUUUAGAAUUUUCAAAUAAACUUGACGUGUUUUAUGAUUAAAAGUGAUGUUGUGCUUGUACUAUUUUGGACACACUGUCCUCAGGCUCCAGCUUUAUGUUUUAUGUUGAUCGUAUUAAAACAAAGAAAACAAUCUGAAGUUGUUGUUUUUAAGUUAUAUAUACCAUGAUUUUUCCGGUCCGGCCCACUUGGGAAUAGAUUUUCCUCCAUGUGGCCCCUGAGCUAAAAUGAGUUUGACACCCCUGUAUUAUUGGAUGUAAUGUAUUUGUAUUUUGUAUUGUGGCUGUGUAAUUGCCUUUACCUGCCCUGACUACGGGUGCAAAUUAGCUUUUGGCAAACCCCGGCACAUUUACAUGGAUGUUGCAUUAUUGUAAAAUUGAUGUUGAUUAAUGUGCAUUGUCCCCUAUAAAUAAAAUAAAUACUUAAAAAAAAGACAAGUAUCGUGUAGAAUAGAAAUAUGAUUAUCUGUCAGAUAGAAUAGGAAAUUGUGUCAGCUCUAUUCAUUGUAUUUCGGUACGUUUCACAUCACUGUUAACCCUUUCCACUCCGGCCGUUCCAGAUGAUAUCCAGGAAUAGCGGGAGCAGAGGAGGGAUGGAAUUUGAGGGGCAGUUGGAUGCGUCAAUCAUCCGUAUCCCACCCCACCACUACAUCCAUGUCCUGGACCAAAACACCAAUAUCGCCCGUGUGGAGAUAGGACCACUCACCUACAUCAGACAGGACAAUGAGAGGUGAGGAGUGUGUGUGGUGUGUUAUCGGUCAUUUAUCUGAUAAGGUCUGCAUGUAAUUUCCUAAUUCCAGGUGCGAUUGGUUGUUUUCAGUUUCUUCUAAGCCUCCUGAUGCCAAACAAGCCGUUUUAUCUCUGUGGUUACAGCAUCACACACUGUUUGACAGCACACUUUGAACGUUGCCAAAUAUCACGUUUUUAAUGGCACCUUUUAGGUGUUUCUUUACAGGUUUAGGUUAGUCAACAUAUGCCUUGUACAAACACGUUUACACUCAGUAUGUGUGUAUGUACAGUAUCUGUGUAGACUAGUAUGUCAGUCAUUAGGUGACUGUAUUGUACCCUCCUUCCCAGAGUGCUGUUCUCCCCCGUGCGAAUGACCAUGGUCCCUCCUCGCCACUACUGCGUGGUGCUCAACCCCGUCGCUCGCGACGACAACGGACAGGUGCUCUUCGACCAAUCAGGACAGGCUAAGCUUCGCCAUGCCGACCAGGAGAUCCGGCUCACCCAGGACCCCUUCCCCCUCUACCCCGGAGAGGAGAUCCAGCAGGUACUGUCUGUCUGUUAGGCGUCAGCGCUAAAGCCUAGGUAUUAGCAGUGCAGGGAGCUAAUGCAAGUCUUCAGGUCUCAGAGCAGAGGUUGCUCAGCACACAAGUGUGGUUCACUGAACCACCUCCAUUACAAUCACGUUGAGCUAAAGCGCAGGCAUUCACUUGGAGAGAUAAUAUAACUGUCUGGGACCUGGGUGCUUACCCGGUUCUCCUGCAUGCCACAACUGUGUUAGCCUGCGGAGUUAAAGCCUAAGCAUUAGACGUUUGGAGAGUUAAAGCAAUUCUCUUUUUUUUUUCUUUUUUUUCUCUCCCUACCCCCUCCCAGCACGUGACAGCGCUGCAGAUCGUCUACCCAGACACCGCUCUGCGCCUACAGGCUCUGCUGGACUUUGAGGAGGUGGGAGGAGAGAAGAGGGUGGCUGGUGAUGAGUGGCUGUUCGAAGGGCCAGGUGAGUUCUCUGGGUCCAACUCCUAACACAUCCAUUACAACUUUCCUUGGGUCCUUACAGGGGUCAUAUUGAUAUUGAUAAAUGUGUAUAUAUUUUUUGACCAAAUCAGAGCAUUGUUUUAACAAGAUGGCUAGUGCUCUUUCAAUUUGUUUCUAAUUUGACUUGCUGAAGUCAAAUCCAAUUUUAUUCAUCACGUACACAGUUUACAGCAGGUAUAAAAGGUGCAGUGAAAUACUUUCUUGCAAGCUCCCUCAACAGUGCAGUACAAAUAUCAAUAUAAUUAAAGUCAAAUAAAAAAAUAACAAGUAGUAGAAGAAAGUAGUAUGCAAGAAACAUAGUACAUUCCAAACAGUAUGUAGUACCCAAUUUCAAACACAGCCUGAUCACCUAAUAAUGCUUCUCUAACCCCCGACCCCUAACCUCUGCCCCCUCCCAUAGGGACAUACAUCCCCAGGAAGGAGGUGGCAGUGCUGGAGACCAUCAAGGCCACGGUGAUCAGAGAGAACCAGGCCAUCCGCCUCCGAGCACGCAAAGAGGGAGUGGACAGGAGCGGAGUCCGCAGGGUCACUGGUGAGACAAACUGUAUUUACUGUUUUUAAUGUACAUAUAAUGUAUGUACACAUAAGUAGCAGAUGUUGUAUCGCUAUCACACACACAGACAUACAGCACUCGGUGCGCACACACGCCUACUUAGCUGAGUGAUUCCCUGUGUGUGUGUGUGUGUGUGUGUGUGUGUCUCCAGGUGAGGAGUGGCAGGUGAGUAAGGUGGGGGCGUAUCUACCUGGGGCUCAUGAGGAGGUCCUCGACAUCGUCAACGCUUUCAUCCUCACUGACAAGGUAACACCUCCCUCCUCUCUCUCCCUCGCUUUAUCGAUCACGUCCCCUCCUUCCUUCUCUCCCACCCUCGCUUUACCUAUCACUCCCCCCCUCCCCCUCACUUUACCUAUCACUCCCCCUCCCUCCUCUCUCUCUCCCUCACUCUCCCCCCUCUCUAUCCCUCACUUUAUCUAUCACUCCCCCCUCCCUCCUCUCUCUCUCCCCCCCUCUCUAUCCCUCACUUUAUCUAUCACUCCCCCUCCCUCCUCUCUCUCUCUCCCUCACUUUACCUUUCAUACUAAGACAUUUUUCUGCCAGCUUUACCAUACCUCCAACUUUUUCCCGUCUUUUCUUUAUAUCUGAAAGGUAUUGCUAGUAAUAAUUUCGGUAAAGUUCUGCCUGUGGCUUAGUAUGAAACGUAGCCGCAAUGCUACGUUUAUUUUUAUUUAAUCAAUUUUAGAAUAAGGCUGUAACGUAACAAAAUGUGGAAAAAGUCAAUGGGUCUGAAUACUUUCCGAAGGCAUUGUAUUCCAUUAUAUUCUUACUAUAAAAUAUGUCUGACUGAUCGUAUAGGUGUCUUGUCUGUUUUAAUAAACAAAAUAACAAACUGUUGAUUUCAUUUGAAUGGCGCAGCCAUGGCUGCACUGACCUGUAACAUAGGCCUAAUUAAUGCUCUUCUAUUCUUUUGAAAAUACAAUUUAUUUAAAAAAAUAUAUUUUGUGUGUGUAUAUAUAUAUAUAUAUAUAUAUAUAUAUAUAUAUAUAUAUAUAUAUAUUUAUUUAUAAAAAAUAAAAAUCUCAAUGGAUCUAUUAAAAUAGAUGCCCACCCACAACUGCACACCACUACUACCACAUGCAUGCGCACGGGAGGGAUAAAAGACGUAUGCAGGCAAGAAUGUGGUAAAAAUGGCCCUGUUUGUAAGGGUCAUAUAAACAUUUUAUUUUAUAGGCAAAAUACAGUAAAUCCUAUGUGAAAGCGGUCUCUCACUCUCUCACUCUCAGAAAGCACUGCACGUGCGAGCACUACGGCCAUUCCGUGACGCUGUGGGGCGGGACCGGCGCACUGGGGAAGAGUGGCUUGUUACUAUGGCAGAGCGGGAGGCACACAUUCCAUCGGUUGCCGAGGAAGUGGUGGGAGUGGUCAACGUGACCACGCUGAGCAGCCGUCAGUACUGUGUGAUCCUGGACCCGGUAGGACCAGACGGUAAACCACAGCUGGGUCAGAAGAGGGUGGUCAAGGUGAGACUGAAAGAGAGCUCUGUCUUUCACUCCUUUGUUUGGUCAAUUGUUUGUUUAGUCACUCAUUGCCGUUUAACACACUGGUGAGGAAGUUCAGUGACUUCAUUGUUUUUGUAGCUUUUAGUCACUUCCCCAAUUAGCUUUAAUUUAACACUGCUCUCUCUCCUCUCCUCCUCCCAGGGUGAGCGUUCAUUCUUUCUGCAGCCAGGGGAGCAUUUAGAGGAGGACAUCCAGGACGUCUAUAUUCUCUCUGAGGAGGAGGGCCUGGUGCUGAGGGCCGUAGAGGCCUUCAACGAUACACAAGAGGUGAGGAAAGAGGUGGGAGGGAGAGGGAAGGGUGGAAGAAUUUAAAUGCAGAUGGGAGAGGAAACAAAUACAACGAUCCUAAACAGGACUGUACAAAUCCAUUCAAUUCUCUGUCCUUUCACACUCUCUCACUCUUUCUUUCCCUCCCUCUCCUUCUCUCUCCCCUUCACUUUCUACCUCAUUCUCUCUCUGUCCCUUCUCUCUCUCUCCCUCCUUCUCUCCUCUCUGCCAGCAGGAGGAGGAGGAGGAGGAGGAGGAGGAGGGGGGGGAGGAGGAGAGGGCCAAGCGCUCCCGGAGGGGUGGAGUCCAACGUCGCCCCGGUGACCGCUGGAUGCUGCGCGGACCAAUUGACUACGUCCCCCCGGCUGCCGUGGAGGUGAUGCUACGGCGACAGGCCAUCCCAUUGGACGAGAACGAAGGAAUCUAUGUCCGAGACAUCAAGACAGGAAAGGUGAGUUUUACCCCGCUGAAUGUUUGAACACAGGGGCUACGUCCCAAAUGGCACCCUAUUCCAAGGAUAAUCAACUAGAUUCAGCUGCGGGACAAUUUCUUUUUUUCUUGUGCGGAUGGUGGGGAGGCCGGAACAUAAUUACAAAUAAUUAGUAGACUGCAAAUUGGCCGCAAGAAGCCCAAACAUAUAUAUAAUAUUUGACUGAAACAUAAUCAUUUCAAAUCUGCUUACAUUUGUUUAUGAUCACAUGCGUAGGUCUCUAUUAACUUGAUGGUAAUAGGCGCUCAUGUUGCCCCUAGUGGACAGUAUCUCCCCACGUCUUGGGGACCAGGGGCCUCAUUUCUAAACUGUGCGUACAUACAAAAUAUACCCCGACGUGCGUGCUCCAGUUUUCACACAAAAGUUGGCAUUUCUAUUUAAAAAAUCAUGACUUGAGAAUGUGCUCACCUCCCUGCAAACUUUAGACCAUGCGUAUGCACAUCUGCUAGUGGUUGAAUUAUUGUAUUGCAAGCUGACAAGUAAGUAGGCUAUUUUGUGCAAAUGGGGGAUAUGAUAAAUUAAAAGCAGGAAAAUGUAAACAAGAAUUCAGCCAUUUGCUGUUGGUGAGAAGAGCGAAAAUCCUUUUUUAAAUUUUAUAAAAUCUAAAAUAAUUAAGACAUAGGAAUCUUUUUCCUAUUUUAUUUUAUUUUCAUAACCAUUGCAGAAUAAAUUCCUCACCUUUUCUGGCCAUGAGUUCAUAUUCCCGAAGUAGCCAUACAACAAAUUACCAUGCGCAUCUCUCACUUAAUUGGACCUAGCAAAUAGAUAUAGGCUAUCAAGUGUUGCAAUCCCAUGGGCACCGCGGUUUAUAAUAUACAGUCAAAUUUGAGAGGUAAACUGUUUAUCUUUUGCAUUGAAGUAGGCCUACUGUAUGCUACUGUAAUUGCAUUUUUUUUUUGAGUAGCCAGCCGUAGACAAUGUUUCAGAAUUCGCGGGCAAUCCAUGUUUAUGUUGGGGAAAAGUCGAUGCAAAACAUUGUUGAAUUCAAACGUUCUGCUGGCAGGUCCACAACAAUUUUGACACUGUCAGAUACAGCAUAAAUUAAUGCAUGUUGACAUUUGGUCAUGAGUCUUGCCCUGGAAGCAGAACUGAGUGGUUUCCGCUAAAUGGGUCAGCUACAUAGUCUAAAUUGUCUAUAUCUUUAAAAUUCAUUAAUUUAAGGUAUUAGGGUUAGCAGUGUGGUUAAGGUUAGAUUUAGGUUUAAAAUCAGAUGUUAUGACUUUGUGGCUUUGCCAGCUAGUGACCAUUCUGCACAACUGCUUCCAGUACAUGAGCCAUCUCAAUAAAUGCCAACCUAAAUAAACAUUCUGCCAACACAGUAAAUAUACCGGUAACUUAUGUAAAAUAUUUGACAGUAGGCCUAUGAAUAGGCUAUUGUUGUGCGAUAGGAGCACGGCAUCAUUGCCUAUUCAUCUCAGAGCCUAUACCAUGGCAGGACCUAGAAACCUAAUAAUCUAUUGAUAAACUAAAUAUUGAACAACAAUUAUUAUUUUGCAUUUAGCCUACUUUUAAAUUGUUUUGAAUAUACAAUACAUCUUGCUGAAUGUACAGACAGGCACUUGCUAUAGGCAGAAUGCAUGUUUAGUUUGAUAAAGUCACUGCAAAAUAUCAAAACAUUCUGCCCACACCGCUACAGAAAUGUGAUCAAAAUUGCCAUUGCUCUUUUAGAAACUGCCGUGGCCUAAUUCCAAUAGCUCCAAUUUAUACAGUAAAUAAAGGGCGUUAUUUUCAUCAUCAAAGGUUGAAUGGAGGUUGUUUUCCAGGCAGAGUUUUAAUGCUUGUUCACAGUUUUACGACAGGUCUGAUUUUAUAACGAGAAACAUGCAUAUUUACAGUAUGGUAUACGUCAAGUUUAUAAAUCUCAAUAUUUUUGUAUGUGCGCAGAUUUUUCAGAAAUGGCGCACGCAGAAAUGUAUUAUAAAUGAGGCCUCUGGAGAAACGUCUAAUAUUGCGGUGGAUCUGGUGUGAGCUGGCUGAUUCUCUAUAUAGUGCAUGGGCACCUGACUGUCUAAAAGUGAGGGUUCAAUUACAUUUCUUAAGAAUUUUUUUUAUUUUUUUGUAGGUUCUGCCACAAUUAAAUUAUAUUAGAGUACUCAAAUUAUUUGUAUUUAUUUCUAAACACAAGGCCAGAAAAAAUGUGUGCAUAUAUCUACAGUAGGGAGAACAAGUAUUUGAUACGCUGCCAAUUUUGCAGGUAUGUGAUGCAAUAAAAUGCUAAUUAAUUACUUAAAAAUCAUACAAUGUGAUUUUCUGGAUUUUUGUUUUAGAUUCCGUAUCUCACAGUUGAAGUGUACCUAUGAUAAAAAUUACAGACCUAUACAUGCUUUGUAAGUAGGAAAACCUGCAGAAUCGGCAGUGUAUCAAAUACUUGUUCUCCCCACUGUAUAUGGCAACAGUGCGCAACAAUGCCUAAUUUAUCAUAACCAUUACAGGUAACGAAUCCUAAUUGCUAAAUUGCCCCAUAUACAGUAUAUUCAAUCAAUUAAAUAUAUACAAAAACAGCAAUUUUAAGAUUAAUUUAUUGAAACCGUAAUAUCAACUGGUUAUAUUAUAUCGUGGAACACAAUCUUCAAAAAGGCAGUAACCUCAGCAGUUGUGUCAUUAAAUAGCAAACACCAGUCUCAACGUCAACAGUGAAGAGGUGACUCCGGGAUGCUGACCUUCUAGGCAGAGUUGCAAAGAAAAAGCCAUAUCUCAGACUGGCCAAUAAAAAUAAAAGAUUAAGAUGGGCAGUCUGAGAUAUGGCUUUUUCUUUGCAACUCUGCCUAGAAGAUCAGCAUCCCGGAGUCGCCUCUUCACUGUUGACGUUGAGUCUGGUGUUUUGCGGGUAAUAUUUAAUGAAGCUGCCAGUUGAGGACCUGUGAGGCGCCUGUUUCUCAAACUAGACACUCUAAUGUAUUUGUCCUCUUGCUCAGUUGUGCACCGGGGCCUCCGACUCCUCUUUCUAUUCUGGUUAGAGCCAGUUUGCGCUGUUCUGUGAAGGGAGUAGUACACAGCGUUGUACGAGAUCUUCAGUUUCUUGGCAAUUUCUCACAUGGAAUAGCCUUCAUUUUUCAGAACAAGAAUAGACUGACGAGUUUCAGAAGAAAGUUAUUUGUUUCUGGCCAUUUUGAGCCUGUAAUCGAACCCACAAUUGCUGAUGCUCCAGAUACUCAACUAGUCUCAAGAAGGCCAGUUUUACGUGCCAUUGGAACACAGGACUGAUGGUUGCUGAUAAUGGGCCUCUGUACGCCUAUGUAGAUAUUCCAUGUAGCCGUUUCCAGCUACAAUAGCCAUUUACAAAAAAUGGUUUUCUUUUGAAAACAAGGACAUUUCUUAGUGACCCCAAACUUUUGAACGGUAGUGUAUGUAUAUUUUAUCUCUGGUUAAAGAUCGAGUUUAGACGUCUGCCCAUCCCUACCUCCGACAUUGUUUUGUUUUUUUGAAGCACUGUGUCACGAUGAAAAUGUUUCAAACUUGUCUCGGCAGCAUACAUACACCAUAUAUACAAAAGUAUGUGGACACCCCUUCAAAUGAGUGGAUUCGGCUAUUUCAGCCACACCCGUUGCUGACAGGUGUAUAAAAUCGAGCACACCGCCAUGCAAUCUCCCCAUAGACAAACAUUGGCAGUAGAAUGGCCUUACUGAAGAGCUAAGUGACUUUCAACGUGGCACCGUCAGCAUAAGAACUGUUCGUCGGGAGCUUCAUGAAAUGGGUUUCCAUGGCCGAGCAGCCGCACACAAGCCUAAGAUCACCAUGCGCAAUGCCAAGCGUCGGCUGGAGUGGUGUAAACAUCGUCGCCAUUAGACUCUGGAGCAGUGGAAACGUGUUCUCUGGGGUGAUGAAUCACGCUUAACCAUCUGGCAGUCCGACGGACAAAUCUGGGUUUGGCAGAUGCCAGGAGAAUACUACCUGCCCCAAUGCAUAGUGCCAACUGUAAAGUUUGGUGGAGGAGGAAUAAUGGUCUGCUGCUGUUUUUCAUGGUUCGGUCUAGGCCCCUUAGUUCCAGUGAAGUUUUUAUUUAUUAUUAUUACUUUAUUUUUUGUUACUUUUUCUCCCCAAUUUCGAUCUUGUCUCAUCGCUGCAACUCCCCAACGUGCUUGGGAGGCGAAGAUCGAGUCAUGCGUACUCCGAGACAUGACCCGCCAAAAUGCACUUCUUAACACCUGCCCGCUUAACCUGGAAGCCAGCCGCACCAAUGUGUCGGAGGAAACACCGUUCAACUGACGAGGUCAGCCUGCAGGAGCCCGGCCCGCCACAAGGAGUCGCUAGAGCACGAUGAGCCAAGUAAAGCCCCCCCAGCCAAACCCUCCCCUAACCCGGACGACGCUGGGCCAAUUGUGCGCCGCCCUACGGGACUUCCGAUCAUGGCCGGUUGUAAUACAGCUCGGGAUCGAACCCGGGUCUGUAGUGACGCCUCUAGCACUGCGAUGAAGUGCCUUAGACUGCUGUGCCACUCAGGAGGCCAUAAAGGGAAAUCUUAACGCUACAGCAUACAAUGUCAUUCUAGACUAUUCUGUGCUUCCAACUUUUAUGGCAACAGUUUGGGGAAGGCACUUUCCUGUUUCAGCAUGACAAUGCCCCCGUGCACAAAGAAAGUCCAUACAGAAAUGGUUUGUCGAGAUCGGUGUGGAAGAACUUUACUGACCUCAAACCCAUCGAACACCUUUGGGAUGAAUUGGAACGCCGACUGCGAGCCAGGCCUAAUCGCCGAAUAUCAGUGCCCGACCUCACUAAUGCUCUUGUGGCUGAAUGGAAGCAAGUCCCUGCAGCAAUGUUCCAACAUCUAGUGGAAAGCCUUCCCAGAAAAGUGGAGGCUGUUAUAGCAGCAAAGGGGGGGACCAACUCCAUAUUAAUGCCCAUGAUUUUGGAAUGAGAUGUUCGACGAGCAUGUGUCCACAUACUUUUGGUCAUGUAGUGUAUUUGAUGCAACGAGGGUAGAAAUGGCUUAUUUGGACGAUUAUUACUUACCAAGCAGAGCUGUUUUAUCGAGGUACAAAUAUCCUGUGCUUUCUCAUUUUGCGCAUACAGACACAGCUUGGCUAAAUUGUAACCGCGAAACGGCCACGGUCCGCUCGCAUAUGGGGCUCAGUCAGGACUGUUACUUUUGUAACUGAAUGAAAACAUUUUAACAUUUUAACCAAUUUUGAUGUUGGGAAAAUAUAUGGUGCAAAUGCACAAUGGUGUUAAAUGCCUCAAAACAGCUUGGGGAGAAAUCUUUUCACAGAUUUAAUCAUGUAAUAUUAGGCCUACUGAUUAUUUCUCAGUAUCUUCUUGCGAACUACUCAUUGCGAGCUACCGGAGAUGCAGUUUUCUGCAAAGGUGCAAUCUUUUCUAGGCUGAUGGAAGGCUACUUUGAGUCAGUGGGAGAAUCUCAAUUGCAUACUCCUCGCGUCCUCUCUCCUUCUCAAAACCCAUUGGAUGAGAAAGUGAAAGGUCCCUCCCCUCUGAGAUUGAGAUUCUCCCAGAUGCUGCGAUACAGCGAAGCCUAAUCAGACAUGCCCGUGCUCACCAUGGUUCUUACAGGCAAAGUGAAAUAGUGCACACCUCUCAAAUGAUAUUAUAACACCCUGAGUGCAUCGGACAUGAAACAAUAAUAGAAAUGUAACAGCACAAAGAAAUGGAUACAUCAUUUUAUUUUGCAGGUGCCAUUUUAAUUUUAAACACCAGUGGUGCAACUAGUGCUUUCUAAUGGCACUGAAUCAAAACAAUUGCGUGGUGAUGGGAGAGGGGGUGCAAAAUGUAAUAAUAUGUUAAAAGUGCAAUAUGUAAAAAUAUGUCCGCCAUUUCCUGGUUGCUAAAAUUCUAAUAGGUCGCCUAAUUUUUGUUUGUGACAACAAGCAUUAUUGUACCACCUAAACCACUGUGAAAUAUAUUUUCAGUAACCGAAAAUAUUUUUAUCUGUUUGAAGCUGUUGUACAAAACCAAAAGUCAAAGACACACAAAAAAAAACUUAACAGGAAGCGUAGAAAUAGCGCACAUAGAACAGAUCUAGUGCUUCUUAGACUUGCUUUCAGUGAGAAUGACAGAUCUAUCGAUAAAUGCCACUACUAUGUGAAUUUGGUCGGGUCGCCCAAAAAGUUACAUAUUGCAGCUUUAGUUAUUAUAUAUAAAAUAGGCAUAUGUAUUUUAAUAUAGACUAGCUCAAAACAUUACUAAUCAUUGAAAAUGACAUUACCAAUGGAUCCUGAUACUUUUUUGGUAAAAAAGUGGGAUUGCACCUGCUCCAUUGCUCAGGCACCUAUGAUAUAGUGCACUAUUGACCAAGGCCCACAGGACUCUGCUCAAAAGUAGUGCACCGUGUACUGUAGGGGGGCCAUUUGGGAAGUACACUAAAACACCUGAUUCAAAUGAUCUAGGGAAUCCAUCCACCUGUUAUUUAGCAGCCUUAAAUCCCCACCCAUCUCUCACCAUCCCUCUCCCCUAUUGGCUGCCUGGCUCUAGGUCCGUGCUGUGAUUGGCCACAGCUACAUGCUGACGCAGGACGAGGAGCUGUGGCCGAAGAAUCUGCCUCAGAACGUUGAGACCCUCCUGGCCUCCACAAAGGACCCCCUAGCUGACCGCUCGGACCGCAGCAAGGAAGUGGAGAUGAAGGACCGGGACAAGACCAAGGUGGUGUCCUACAGGGUGCCCCACAACGCUGCCGUGCAGGUCUAUGACUAUAGGGAGAAGAAGGCCAGGUAAACAUGGCUGACAGACAGACGGACGUGGAGGGACAAUGACACUGGCCCUGUCCAUAAACAACCCCUAUACUAGCCCAGGGCUGAAGCCCAAAUGGCACCCUAUUCCCUAUAUAGUGCACUACUUUUGACCAGAGCAACAUUGGGCCCCUAGUGUUAACUUUUCCCUUUCGCCCUCCCUCCCCUUCUCUCAGGGUGGUGUUUGGGCCAGAGAUGGUAAUGUUGGGUCCUGAUGAGCAGUUCACUGUGCUGUCCCUGUCGGGGGACAAGCCUAAGAGGGCCAACGUCAUCAAGGCCGUGUGUCUGCUGCUGGGGCCGGACUUCUUCACUGACAUCAUCACCAUAGAGACGGCCGACCACGCACGCCUGCAGCUGCAGCUCAGCUACAACUGGUGGGGUGGGACGGGGGGGCGGGGUCUGUGUGUGUGUUUUGUGUGUUUGAGGAUCCUCUGCGAUUUGGUCUGUCUCACUGUGCUCUGUGUCUGUUGGCCAGCUGAUGUAUUUAAUAUAUCUCUACCUCGCUUCCCUCAUCUCUCGCUCUCCCUCUCAGGCACUUUGACCUGAAGUCUCCUGCGGACCCAUCCCAGGCUGCGGCUCUGUUCUCGGUGCCUGACUUUGUGGGGGAUGCCUGUAAAGCCAUCGCCUCCCGCGUCAGAGGAGCCGUCGCCUCUGUGCAGUUUGACGACUUUCACAAGGUCCGUCCACACGUCAAUCAUCUAAAUCUGCACUUUGAUGGCUUUUUAAAAUACUUUUUAAUUCUACACGGCCUCCAGCCCUUAGCUUCCGUAGUUUAGGUAGGCCUAUACGCCGCUUUGGAAAGCGUAUGCCAAUUGAUUCAAUAACACCCCAUGAUUUAACCUCUUUAACCCCCUCCCUUCCACUCUACAGAACUCCAACCGGAUCAUCUGCUCCUCUGUGUUUGGCUUUGAUGACAAGCUGGCAGUGCGUUCCAGCCUGCGCUUCCACCAGAACAGUCUGGUCAUCAGCAGUGUGGACAUCCAGUCAGUAGAGCCGGUGGACCAGAGGACCAGGGACGCCCUGCAGAAGAGUGUCCAGCUGGCCAUCGAGAUCACCACCAACUCCCAGGAGGCUGCCGCACGGUAGGACACAUGACACUCACACGUACGCACACAAGGGGAGAACGACUGCCCCCUCUGAAGCCAUCGAAGUUCAAGGCCAACCAUGAUACUGCAGGCAUUGUUAGCAUAAAACAGGAUCCCCCAUUUAUAGGGAAUGGAAAAAUGUCAAUCUUCGUGAAAACAUUUUAAAUAAUUUGAAGACAAUCGUGGUAGCAAUAAUUGCUUCUAAUACCACAGUUGUAUGUCCUUGAACUGAUUUUAUUUUAAAAUCUCAUUACAGAACAAGUUAUAAGAAUAAUUGACUUUCUAAUGGCAGCCUGCAGUACCCCUGUCUGCCUUCAACUUGAGUUAUUUAAUGAGGGUGGGCAGCACUGAGCUAGCCUGCAACUCACUUCCUGGAGUAGCUCAAGCUGCACAUGAGACACCAUCUUAAGACUUAAUUUGGCUUCAAUGCGCUAUUGAGUCUUCACAUAGGAAUGAUUGGUGUCACGGGAUCGAUGGCUUUGUCCAUUCAUAUAUACAGUCAGUGACAAACAUGCAUGCACACACACACUUACAGGAGCAAUUAGGGUUAAGUGCCUUGCUCAAGGGCACAUUGACAGAUUUUUCACCAAGUUCGGCUCGGGGAUUCGAACUAGCAACCUUUCAAUUACUGGCCCAACACUCUCAAUCGCUAGGCUACCUGCCACCAGACAGACAGACACACACAGUUAAUCUUCAAAUUGGGUUGUUUUUGCCUGUUUGGUAAGCGUUAACUUCUCUCCCCCCUGUCCCUCUCUCUCCUUCUCCCUCUUUGUAUUCCUCUCUUUCUCUCCUCCCUCCCUCCCUCCCUCCCUGCAGCCAUGAGGCAGAGCGUCUCGAGCAGGAGGCGCGUGGUCGUCUGGAGAGGCAGAGGAUCACAGACCAGGCAGAGGCAGAGAGGACCAGGAAAGAGCUGUUGGAGCUGGAGGCCCUCAGGUGACCAUUGAUGCUAUGCUGCUAACACUAACGUGCGUUAGCAUCGCUAAUGGGAAAUGUAAUGGCAGGGGGAUAGCAUUAGCAUAACGCUAACACAUUAGCUUCGCUGAUGGGAAAAUGUUAUGGCAAGGGGCUAGAAUUAACAUGGCUAGCGUUAGCACCAUGCUAUUCUUAGUAGUGUGAAUGCGAAGCUGUACCGAGUAACAUUUAGAUCAGAGAUCCUAACAUAAUGUAGCUAUGCUAUUGUGAGUUGUGUGAAUGUUAGAUAUGUGGCUAGCUGUGGCGCUGGGGUGAAGUUUCCCCUAGGUAGAGAUCUAGGAUCAGUUUUCUCUCCCCCAGCUUCAAGUAUUUUGUCCAAAUACUGGUGGAUUCAACUAAUAAAAGAAUGGACGACCUGACUAGAGAGGUCCAGGACCUGAAGAACAGCUUGCAGUUCUCUCAGGGUCAGCUCAACGAGUUGAAACAGGAGAACGGCAAAAUGACAGCAAUCUGUAAGUCAUUGAGAGAGGACAUCAGUUCUGUGUGUGAAUCCAUGAUAACAAUGACGGGUACAUCUAUCUCGAGGGACAAUCAAGGCCGAAUAACAUGGUUGUGGACGGAAUUGCAGAAUCUCCACAUGAGACCUGGACGGAGGACAAAGUGAGGGAAAUGAUCUCUGAGAAAUUGAAGAUGGACCACAGGAAGAUUGAGGUGGAAUGCGCCCACAGGAUUGGAAAACCCACCACCGGUCCAGGUGACAGGCCCAGGCCGAUAGUGGUCAAGUUCCUGAGGUUCAAGGACAAGGUAGCUGUUCUGGAAAGAGCCAAGAACUUGAGAGGAACGUAUAUCUUCCUGAACGAGGACUAUCCCGAAGCUGUGCGCCAGAAGAGGAAAGAACUUAUCCCAGCCAUAAAAGCUACCAGAGUGCGUGGGGACAUUGCUUACAUUCGCUAUGACAGGCUCAUUGUACACCCUCCCUCCCAGCUCUGACACACACACUUACCCCACCAGACAUGCCAUCAGGGAUCUUUUCACAGUCCCCAAAUCCAGAACAAAUUCAAGAACGCAUACAGUAUUAUAUAGAGCCAUUAUUGCAUGGAACUCCAUUCCAUCUCAUAUUGCUCAAGUGAAAAGCAAACCUGGUUUCAAAAACAGAUACCGCAACACCUCAUGGCACAAUGCCUCUCCCCAUUUUACCUAGAUAGUUUGUGUGUAUGUAUUGAUAUGUAGGCUACGUGUGCCUUUAACAUUUUUUAAAAUUAAUUUAUGUAGUUCUGUCCUUGAGCUGUUGUCUAUUCAUGUUCUGUAUUUUGUGUCGACCCCAGGAAGAGUAGCUGCUGCUUUUGAAACAGCUAAUGGGGAUCCUAAUAAAAUACCAAAUACCAAUUCUUCUAACGGUGUGUCGUUGUGUGUUGCAGUGCGGCGGUGGAGAUUACAGGGGCAGCCAAGGCAGAGGCCCUGUCCAGAGCAGAGGCAGCCCGUAUCCAGGGAGAGGCAGCAGUCAACGAGGCUAAACUGAAGGCUGAGGCCCAGAGGAUUGAGGCUGUACGUAUCCUCCCGCUCUCUCUAUGCUGUGUGUGCGUGUGUAUGGUUGAAAGUGUUGUACAUUGUGUAAUUCUGAAAGGUACACAACCAGUAGUUCACCUGUAAUUGCUGACCUGUGUGUGUGUAGGUCUGUUUUGUUUGAUAAAUGUUUGAAGGUGUUCUACAUUGUGUAAUGCUGAAAGGUUCACAUACGAUGUGUAGCUGACCUGAAAUUCUGUGUGCAGGAGGGCGAGCUGGACCGUCUGUCCAAGGCGAGGGAGCAGGAGCUAAACUAUAAGUCAGAGAUGGAUCGUUUGGAAGUGGAGAAACAGCAGAAGCUGGCUGACAUAGAGAGCAACCGCUUUAAAAAGCUGGUGGAAAGUAUCGGCGCUGACACCCUGAAGGAGAUGGCCAGAGCCGGCCCCGAGCUACAGGUACAUAACUCCUUACAUACCAUAACACCGUCAUAUUUGUGCUACACAAUACAUUUGUCUGAAUAAAAAUGGCACCUGGAGAAUCCUUAAGCUCUUGCUCAGGUCAGAAUCGUUCUGUAAUGUUUUACUUUACUGUAACGUUUCACAGAGCAGGUCUGUCUUUCUCCCACCCAAUCUCAAUUUAAUUAAAUUAGCUAUAUUAGCGUGCCGACAUUAUAAGAUACCGUUUAGGAUAUUGGAACUGGAACACAGGAUCUUAUUCAAUCAGUUAUAAUGGAAAGGAAAAAUUAUCAUGUUAAAUUAAUAAUCUCUCCCUUUCUGUCCAUCCCUCCCCUCUUUUCCCCGCUCCCUCCCUUUCUCCCCCACCCUCUCCCAGGUCAAGCUGCUCCAGUCUCUGGGUUUGAAGUCCACCCUGAUCACAGACGGCUCUUCUCCCAUCAACCUCUUCAGCACGGCCAACGGCCUUCUGGGAGCUCUAUCCCAGAGCCAGGGCCAGGGCCAGUAAGAGGAGGAAGAGAAUGGGAAAAGGAGAAUUUCGACAAGAAGAGAAUAAUGUCCAGUCUGAACAUCCCCUACAGAUGUAGGAUUUCUGGUUAUUUAUGCACUUUGUCUGAUGUAGUAACUGACAAUUAGGGAUAUGAUAUGGAUGACUGUACUAUGGUGAUUAUUCUGAUGUGUGUGUGUGUGUGUAUGUACACAUAGACGUGUGUCUGACUAAAGACGUCCAAGUGAACAUUCCCAUGGUUUACAUGCCAUUUUUACUCAUCUGUUUGGUGCCGUUGAUGCCCUAUAAAGUGCUGUCCACUCCAUGUGUUGCAUAUCUAUACUUACCAGAAUCCUGGAUAUUAAGGAACCUUUCCUUGUUCUCCAUUUGAGGUUCAUGCAAAUGUAUUUCAUUCAUUUGUUGAUCCAUUUAUCAAAGAAAUUAAAGCAUGAAUUUCCCCCAAAACCUUAAUGAGUGUCAAUGUCUGUUUGUAUCCAUGGUCUGUCUGUACACACAU